AUGAAUAUGUUGGAUGAUGAAGAUGACCAAAGCUUUCACGCUACGCGUGACGGCUACUCCCAUUUGAGCGAUGUCGAAUGGGAUGCGGUUGAACGAAUGGGUUCGACCAUGGGCAUCCAUGCUGUUAGCGUCAUGCUAGAGGCUCUCAAUAGAGAUGCCCAACAUGCUACUAUCGCCAAGUUCAUUCAAAAUGAACUUGACGCAGAACGCGAGAAAGUAGCCUUGCUUCACCAACAAGGUUCUCAACAAGCAGAGUUGUUGAGAGAACUGGGUGCUCAACAGUUUGAACUGUUGAGACAGCAGCAGGCUGCUGCUGGCGGGUCGAUGCACUCGCGUCGGCCCGAGACUUUGAAGAUUGACAUCUCAAAGUAUAGGGGGGUCGAAGAAGACUCCCUCUUGAGAUGGUUCGUCGAAUUGGAUGACGCCAUAAGGGCGCGUCGCAUCGACGACGGGGAUAUGCAAGUUGCAUUUGCCCAGUCAAAUCUGGCAGGACGUGCCAAGACUUGGGCACUGGGGCUCAAGCUGCACGACCCAUAUGCGUUUGGGUCGUUGGAAGUCUUCAAGUCGCGGCUCAGACAAACGUUUGAACCGCCUAGAGCUGAGUUCAGAGCUCGAACCGAACUCUUGAAGCUCAAGCAGAGUAAGCGUGAUGUGCACGCUUACGCUCAACAUAUACGACAUCUCACGAGUUGUAUAAGUUCCAAUCCGGUGGAUGAACACACGUUGGUUUCGGUGUUCAUGCAGGGUCUUGCGGAUGGUCCCGUCAAGACUCACCUGUUCCGGCUUGAACUAGAUUCACUAGAACAAGCCAUUUCAAUUGCGGAGCAGGAAGACUUCAGUCUGAGACAGGCUCGCGCCAGCUCGACAUCAUAUCGUCAACCGAGACGAUAUGACAACGGAGGUCCAGAGCCGAUGGAACUCUGUUAUGUAGAGAGCGAGAAGGCUCGCUCUACAGGCUACAAGAAGUUGCAGAGAUGCAACAGAUGUCAAAAGACAGGACACUACGCUUACGAGUGUAGUGCUCCCUCGUCCAGUGUCUCGCGACACUGGGCGUAG